CUGGGUUUUCGUUUGAAAUCACCGUCUUUUCAUGGCGACCUCGGGGGGAAAAAAAACUGAAAGCUCCAGGCUUGAGACCGGCAGAGUAAACAGCAGCAGCAACCGCAGCAGCAGGAGGUGCCGGAGAAAAGCAAGACGCCAGGAUGAUAAACAGAGCGACCAGCAGCAGGAUGGGAGUGACGGAGGUGGACGAGUUUCUGAGAGAACCUCCGGCAGGUUUCUCCGUGGAGGCCCUCGACUCGGGCUGCCGAGUCCUCAGCGACCCGGAGGAGAGCCUGGUGCUCGUCGACGACUUCGACUCCCGCAGAGGGAAAAUAGUUUUCGAGAAUUCGCUGGGAAGGAAAGUUAAAAUGCACAAUUUAUGCGAAUACAGCAGCAUGAGAAAGAGCCUGCUGUCCAAGAGGAUCUACCUGCGGGUGUCUGCCUGCCAAGAAGCCACUGAAGCCAGAGUGCUGAAGCAGUACGUGGUGUCCAUCGACGGCAACGAUCCUUUAAUCAAGUGGCAGAUGGAGAGAGGCCUGGACUGGACCAUCUCUUCUGUCGCUGGGGAAAGCUACAGGGUGGAUAUUGACUUGACUGAAGCACUGGAGAGCUGGGCAGCAAAAAACAUCCACAUCAAAACAGACACACUAAUAAAAGUCGAACCUGUCUGGAGAGAUGCCUCCUUCACCCUCAAGUACUAUUCUGAUGCCCUCUUUGAUUUCCCACACUGGUUUGGCUUCAGCAAAAGAAACUUUAAGUUGACCCUGACAUGAGCCAGCAGUGGAUGAGGAGCUGGGGGG